AUGACUGUUGCCAACAAACCCUCCACUGCCUCUCGGCUACUGCUUAUCAGUGUCCCACGGACGGCAUCGAAUCUGUUGCUUAAAAUCAUCAACGUUCCAGCGCAAUCAACUUUGCUCACUAACGAAAAGGGUGGCUAUUUCUUCUAUCCACCGUUCACCAAAGCCGCUCGUGACGGUCGCCUGAGCAAGCCUUUGGAUGACUGGACCGAGGCUGAGAAGGUCGAAAUUCGAGAUGCCUUGCAGCAAGCAAUUGACGGGCUUGAGCAAUAUUCCGCGCGGGCCGAGCAGGAGGGAAAGAUGCUGUUCGUCAAGGAGCAUGCCUUCUGGUUGACAAAUCCUGCCGCGUUUGAGGACGUGGCCGAUCAUCUUUCUGCCUUUCAACUACAGUUUCCUAGUGUAUAUGGGCCCUCACAGACGUUCUCCCCCUUGAACCGAACGGUCAUGCCGGAUGAAUACCUGCGGACAUGGCGACUGGCAUUCAUUGUCCGUCAUCCGGCCCUGGCUUUUCCCUCUCUCUACCGCGCUAUGAACAAAAUCAUGCAGACCGGAUUCAUGCAGACCGAAGAUACUACCGGCACGCUCACCACGAACCUGACGCUACGAUGGACACGUAUGCUGUACGACUGGUCGCUAGAGCAGGGAGAGGCUCUCGGGGUACCUCUAAUCCUCGAUGCUCAUGAUGUGAUUCACAAUCCGAAGGUCGUCCUCCGGUUCUGUGAGCAAACCGGCCUAGAUCCGAGUGUGGUGCAAUUCAAUUGGGAAGCGAAGCCCCAGGCUCAGGGCUCGGAAGCGUCCGGUCCGGCCUCCCAACCCAUGAAUGAGCAGGACAUGAUGGAGAAGGCAACCUCCUCAAUCAUGCUGUCUACCCUGAACUCAUCGACUGGGGUGAUCAAGGACAAGACUCCGGCCACAGUGGAUCUGGCGACCGAAAUCGGGGUAUGGAAGGAGGAGUUCGGCGACGAGGUAGCUGUGACGCUGGAGAAGGCUGUACGAGAUGCUAUGCCAGACUAUGAAUAUCUCAGGAGUCGACGGGUCACUGCGUAG